GAGAGCGUGAGUUGGAGAGGUAGAGGGGGGUGGGGAUGGAAGGACCUGGAUGGGGCCGAGGUAUUCUCUCCCAGUGGAUGCUACCUGUCCUCUACAUGGCUUUUGUCCUCCGUUUUUCAGUCUCUCCUUGUACCCGGGAGCCGGAUCCGGCGCACGGACCUGCAGCAGCACUCAGCCGGGGAUGAAUCAGCCCCGACAAAGAGCCUUUGAGAUGGCAGUGUGCGCUUGUGCCUGGAGGGAGAAACGCAUCAGGCUUUCCCAGGCAAGCGGCAGCCUGCAGUGCUGGCUGGCUUGAGAGCCAGUCCUCUCAUGUCUUCGUGUGGGUGCAUGUGUGUGCGCGCAUGAGUGGUGUCACGAGCAGUGUAUGUGCUCACUCUUGCUUUCAACCCUUCCUGGAGGAGAGUGGCUCUCCUCGUCACUGGACAGCAAGGGAUUUUGUUGACACCGGCACGCUGCCUCCCUUGUGGACGUGAGAAUGUUUCGCAAGAAGAAAAAGAAGAGACCCGAGAUAUCUGCCCCCAAGAACUUUGAACACCGUGUCCACACCUCAUUUGAUGCCAAGCGUGGCUGCUUUAUCGGUCUUCCCACACAAUGGCACAGCCUGAUCGAGAACCUGCGCAGACCCAGGCCCAUGGUGGACCCUUCCAGGAUUACAGAAGUGGAGCUGAGGCCCAGGAAGACCAUUGUGCGUGGGAGCAUGAUCGGUCAUGGAGACUACAUCACAGCCAUGAUCAACGAUAUGAGCCGUCUGUCUGUGACCAGCUCCAAUUCUUUGCGGAAGAGCAGCCCCUCAGCGAGGAAAAGGGCCCAGUCCUUGGGAAGACUGGGAGAGGUGAACGAGGGAGACGCUUACCAAUACGAAGGCCUGAUUCAAGAUGAUGAAGAUGAAGAGGACGCGGGUCAUUGGAGGGACAAAGCGAGAAACAUCCACAGUGAAUCCAACACUCCCUACUUAGGAAUGAAGAAGAGCGUCACUUUGCAGCCAAAUGGGAUUUUACCAAAAGCCACAUCCACUUAUGAGGUUGGUGGUGGCCCACUGGAGGGAUCCUCUCAAGCAGGCCAGGACCAGAACAUUGCGAUGGCGAGUCAUGGCUCUUACGUGGGCAGCCCUCAGGAAAGAGUCAUAUGGAAGAGAGACUUUCAGCUGCCCAGGGGAAUGCCACCCAAUCAAAUACCAGUUGCAUGUUUUUAUAGCCCGGCUAUGAGCCUGCAGCAGCAGCACCACCACCAAGACGUCCCCACGGAUCUCCGGCCCAGUGUACCGAUGUACAUGCAGUCCCAGAACAGCCCGGGGAGGCCUUUCUCUUCCUAUGACCUGAAAACAGAUUCAGCGGUGAGGUGCCACUCUGGCUUCCUGCCCACCGGCACCAGCAGUCCUCUAGUGAGCAGCAUCAGACCUCAGCGGACCGUGCGAUCCUCAGCGAGCUAUACUUUAGGACUGUCCCCCAAUAUGGGACUACGGCCCAAUGGACCAGACCCUUUUCUUAGGCACUCUGGCUGCCCUAAUCCUCCUUACCCCCGACAGGACAGCCCAUCCCAACCUCGACCCUCCCCUACAGGCUCUCUCGCCACCAGUCCCCCCGGUACAUGCUCACCCGCCUUCCGACUCCCUCACCCUUCGCCUCGACCGCCGCCAGACCCACCGAAGGUGACCCAUGAACAAUUUAAAGCCGCCCUGCAGAUGGUGGUGGAUAAAGGGGAUCCGAGGUCUUACCUGGAAAACUUUGUGAAGAUUGGAGAGGGUUCAACUGGAGUGGUUUGCAUUGCCGCAGAGAAGCACAGUGGUCGGCAGGUGGCGGUGAAGAUGAUGGACCUGCGAAGGCAGCAGAGGAGGGAGUUGCUCUUCAACGAGGUGGUGAUCAUGAGGGACUAUCAGCACAGAAAUGUCGUGGAGAUGUAUAAAUCUGCACUUGUGGAGGAAGAACUGUGGGUGAUUAUGGAGUAUCUGCAAGGUGGAGCACUUACCAAUAUUGUGUCUGAAACCAGGCUGAAUGAAGAGCAGAUUGCCACAGUGUGUGAAGCAGUUUUGCAAGCCCUGGCCUACCUCCACUCGCAGGGAGUGAUUCACAGAGACAUCAAGAGUGACUCAAUACUACUCACAUUAGAUGGAAGAGUCAAACUCUCCGACUUUGGCUUCUGUGCUCAGAUCAGUAAGGACAUCCCCAAGAGGAAGUCUCUAGUGGGGACUCCUUAUUGGAUGGCUCCAGAAGUAAUUUCCAAAUCGCCAUAUGGCACUGAGGUGGAUGUGUGGUCCAUGGGUGUCAUGGUGGUGGAGAUGGUGGAUGGAGAGCCACCGUAUUUCAGUGAAACCCCCGUGGCAGCUAUGAAGAGACUGAGAGAUGAGCCUGCUCCGACUGUGCGAAAUGUCAGCCAGGUGUCCCCAGUUCUUAAGGACUUUCUGGACCGUAUGCUGACUCGGGACCCCCUCGAGCGGGCCAGUGCCACUGACCUGCUGGAGCACCCCUUCCUGCUGCAGAGCGGCUCACCUCAGUGCCUGGUCCCCCUAGUGGAACAGUACCGCAAGCGCAUGUCCCGCUGCUGACCCCGAGGCGUUCCCGGUUUCCCAACCCCCACUUAAAGUCCAACCGUGAUGAUCAAGCGUAGUUUCUUCGAUUCCUCACGCACCAACGGGCUACAUCGACGCAGCCCAAUGUCGCCACGUGAGCGACAAUGUCGAAGUUGGGUCGUAAGACACCGCAUGGUCUUUUGGGGCAUGUGAGAAGCACUUUAGGAGUGAAUUCAAGGCAGCAUGCAAUCACUCAACUCAGUCAAAAACACUGAUUGGUUUCUUGUGAUAGUCUGUGGGCUUCGACACAUGCAAGAUGGUGCUCAUAUCAGAACAAUAUGUCAUACACUACUGCAAAAGAUAAACUCUAUUUUUAUAACGGCCAUCAAGUAGGAGCGGUUGUCCAACUGGUUUACCUCUGCACAGUCGUGAUUCGAAUCUUAGCUGACAGUGACGAGAGACUCUUUGCAUGGCCAAACGGAGGCACACCUGGCCUGAAGUGAAUGCUUGAAUAUGUACCAAACGAGAACGUGAAAGAGCAUCCUCUGUUAUUAGCAUAACAAGUGGUUAGAUGAAAGCCAUGCUGCUAUUGUGGGCUCACUGGAAAAUCUCCUCUUUUCCACACGUGUUCUUAAUUUCCAACAGGUGGGUUGUUUGUAUGAUAUGAAGUUAGGUUUCUAUUGCUACUUAUGGACCUCAAUAUAAGCAGAUAAUAGUCAUAAAAUUCCGGUAGGUCCUUACGACUGCAAAAUAUGUUAAAGUCAUUCAAGUUUCUUUACAGAAAUGCGAGCGUGUAGCUAUCGGUGUGUGCAUGUGUGUUUGCGAGCACAUGGAUGUACGGGUGAGGGCAUCUCAGCGAACAAAUAAGCCCAUUUGUACCGUUACAGACAUUUUUUUAGGGAAACAGUUGAAAUCUAACUUGUGUUUUGAUCCUCAAGAUGUUUGAUUUUUCUAGUAGAAGCACACACACGCUUGGCAUGUGAUGCUGCGAGACGCCCACCUGCUGAGACACACUUUGCACAUACACUCGUCUUUGACUCCUGUACUUCUAUGUGUGCCGAUCAUUGAUGAAAAAGAAUGACACUUGAUUUUCGUUUUUGUACAAACCAAAUAAAUGACGCAUAUGGAA